AUGUCCAGUGAAAUUGGCGACAAACAGCUGUCAACAACCAUGAACAGGACCCCGAAAUCAAAUCAGGGGUCUUCGGGGAAAAAAGAUAACAGAAGCAAACUUUUCACAUUACUCGAUAAAUUACAGCUUCAAGUGUCUGUUUUUGUGUUUUUUGUGGCUGGUGUACUUUAUUGGAUCCCAUCAACGUCGUCGAGCGUUGGUGCAAAAUUCUUUAUCCUCCAAGGCCAGAAUAGCCCUAAUACCUAUUUACCGACCAAAGACGAUGGGUAUUUUGUAUUUAUUUGUAUUUUCUACAUCAUCUUCACUCGGAUCUUUUUCAUGAACCAUGUGUUCAAGCCAUUUUGCAUCCACGUUCUCAAAAUGAAAGGGCAAGGUGCCAGACAACGAUUUGCCGAACAAGGAUGGGCCCUUGUAUCAUAUGGAUCAUCGUUCCUUUGGGGGUUCAAACUUUUCUACCACUCGCCGUUUUUCAAUAAUCUCGAUAAUUUGUACGCUGGAUAUCCUGAACAACACACCAUGGAUUGGGAAUGGAAGACGUAUUACCUUGUGGCCCUUGCCAAUUGGACCGCACAGAUCUUCAUUCUCCAUGUGGAAAAAAAGAGAAAAGAUCAUUACGAGAUGUUUGCCCACCAUAUCAUCACCAUCUUACUUGUGUGGGGAUCUUACGUGAAAACUUUUAUCAGAAUCGGGGUGUUUAUCCACAUGAUUAUGGAUUUUGUCGAUAUUUGGCUCUCGUUGGCCAAAGUCUUGCGGUACUGUGGGUUUUCUAACGCUUGUGAUUUCACCUUCUUUAUAUUUUUCUUCAGUUGGAUCGCCUUGAGACAUGGGUUAUACAAUUACUUACUUUAUUUCACAAUGUCCCGGAUCUACGACUUAAUUGGCUUUGAUGCGUGCGCCGACCGUCCUGAAGAUCCAAAAUGUCAGAACCUCGAGUUCCUGAUCCUGUCGCUUGUGACGCUUUUAUGCGGAUUACAAGUGAUCAUGAUGUUUUGGAUGUUUAUGAUUUUGAAAGUGUUGUACAAGAUCAUGAUGGGAGCAAAUGCCGAAGAUGUUAGAAGUGAUAGUGAGGAUGAUGACGAGGUUGAAGGGAAACAAAAUCAUAAAGAACAACAACAGGAAGAAAAAGGUAACAAUAACGAAAAAGAAGAAGAAAAAGAAGACAACGAGAUGAACAAUACCGACUCUGAAAUAGACGAAAAGUCCGCGCUUCUCAAAAAUACCGAAAAUCAAACAGCCCAUUAA